UCACGCAGUCAGCUCCGCGCAUUGGCUGCGCGCAGGCGUGCGCGGGACACGCGACACGCGACACGACGCGCGACACGCGACACGACGCCACACGCCACGAGCCCGCGCUCCGACAGUGCCAGCGCCCGCGCCCCGGCCUCGCCGGGAAUGGAGACCUGCUGUGCUCGCCGAGCCGAGGACCUAGUGGGCGACCAGAUAGUCCCGGGCGGCGGCCGCUGGGGCGCUCCGCACGGCGCCGGGCUGUUCGACUCGUGGUUUCAGAUGCAGACAUCUGAGCUAGAGUCGCUGCUCUGCAAGCAGGAGGGCGCCUCGCUCGCGCCGGCGCACAUGGACCUGUUCGAUGGCGGCCCCUCUUCCCGCGACGAUGCGUUCCUGCGGCCGGCGCUGUGGGAGGACAUCGCGUCCUCGAUCAGGAACAUCGACCCGGAGAACGCGAACAUGCUGGCGCCGCUGGGCGCGACGCACGUCAAGCUGGAGGCGGACGACGCGCUGCUGGAGGAGUGCGCCACGCCGCUGCUCAGCCCGCUGGAGAUCAAGACGGAGCGGCUGUGCGCGCCGGCGUACGCGCACCCGGCGCCGCCGCAGCCGCCGCAGCAGCCGCCCGCCUCCUUCGCCAAGUACCCCCCCUCGCGCCUCGGCUACAUGUCCCCGCUGACCCCGCCCGGCUCCGACCAGGGCAGCCCAGGAAACACUAUGCAGGGCGGGCCGCGCCGGACGCCGCCGCCGCCGUACCACCCGCCGCCGCUGCUGCGGGCACCACACGUCACACAGCACCAGGUUCAACAUCAUCAUCAUCAGCAGCAUCACACGCAGCAGGCGAUACCCCCGCCGCUGCAAAUGCCGCAGCAGCAGCCGGCGCCGGCGCAGCACGUGCACACGCCGUUACCACACUCACGGCUCGCGUCGCCUCACUCCAUGAAGUACAACCGGCGGAACAACCCGGAGUUGGAGAAGCGGAGAGUUCAUCAUUGUGAUUUUAUCGGUUGUACGAAAGUCUACACAAAGAGUUCGCAUCUGAAAGCUCAUCAAAGAAUACAUACAGGCGAGAAACCGUACACCUGCCAGUGGCCGGAGUGCGAAUGGCGGUUCGCGAGGUCCGACGAGCUGACGCGCCAUUACCGCAAGCACACGGGAGCCAAACCCUUCAAGUGUGCGGUCUGCGAGCGGUCUUUCGCGCGGUCCGACCACCUUGCGCUGCAUAUGAAGCGGCACCUGCCCAAGGCGUCCAAAUGACACGCGAGGAGGGGCGGUGAGCAGCCGCCCGAGUCUCACUCCGCACAGGAGGAAUGCAGUGAGAGCAUCUUCCUGGAGUGCGACCUGGACGCGAGCCUCAUGGACUCCCUGUACGGAGCGCUGUAGGCCUGCCGUCCCCUCCCGCCAUCAAGAACGCUUCCUUGUCUUGUAUAUUUCGCAACAACUUAUUUAGAGGCGUCGCAAUUGUAUAAACAAUCCUGCACUGCGCUCUCCGCGCAGUAGAAGAUGUUAAUGAUAUCCCUUCAAUGAAAACAAUUUCAGUAUUUGUAAGGACUUAUGCAUUAUUAUAGUCUCAAAAAUUUUUGGCACACAGCUUUGAAAGCUGCGGGUAAUUGAACACCUUCAGUUUCGAGCUAUCGCUAUAAAUCUGGGCUCCUCAUAAUGUAAAUCUUGCGUUUCGAAAGAGCCUAUCGCCGUCAGUUAACCAUAAUGUGCAUUUUCUUAUUGUUGUUUACGGAUAAUGUCACGUGUCACAAUAGAAGAUUGCUUUCACAAUGUGUACGUGUACCUACCUACUAUUCGUGGCCAUUAUGCAUUGUGUAUUUUGUCGUCAAGGUUUAGGUCAGGCACAAGAAUAUCGCGAAAAUAACCCAAUAGAGUUACUAAAGAGCUGCUUUUAACAUCAUUCUUAAAACAUUGGACUACUUAGUACGUACCUAAUAAUAACGUAGAUCUAGGGUCUGUCGCUCAUCUCGAAACAAGUGAAAGAGUUAAAUCAAUCCAAAAAUACAGAUUAGGUUGCUGUGCAGAAUAGCCUCAAUGUAUCUGUCGUGGUAUCGCAUGCAGUUGCAUGUUCUUUAGAGAUAAGUUAAAUCUCGCAUGACCUACUUAAUGAUCGAUCUUACUUAGACAGCCUUAUACAAUAUUGUCACACAAUCUCGUACACAGCUCUCUCUAAUCGAUCGAUGUAUCACUCCAUAUUAUGGAAUACAUAUUACCUACUCACAUGAAAUGGAAGUACUGCAUAAAAAUGCGAGAGUCAGUGCCCUAAAUACCUUGGCUACACAACUCCCAGUCGUAUUUUAAAUUCACAAGCUGUCUGCAGUCGUCAGCCCUUGUUUCACAUUCGAAUAAUUCUGCGCUGAUUUGCCUUGACCUCAGAAAACAAAUUCAUUAUACAUUAUGAGCAUACUUUACAAACAUCCAUCUUUUUACCAUUAUUUUCUUACAAAGAAAUUGCUCACCGAUUGGUGUCACUGAGGGAACCGUUACAUAAGCUCUAAGUAUUCAUUAGAUAUGAUUAGUUAAUUUAUUAAGUUAAUUUAUAAGAGAGCAAGGAAUAUCCAAGAUAUUAUAGUUAUCUUAAUAUUAUUAUUGAGUAAUAAUGCAGUUAGUCUAUAGGUGUUAGUUGAUAAACGUAGACACAGGCGCGUCUUCGGGUCUAACGACCAGCAGAGAGCUUGAAACAAAACUUGUCUUAUUACCAAUCUACAUAAGUACUAGAUUAGAAAAUAUUGUCAAAUUCAGUAGCAACUGCUGGUCGUUAUAUACGAGGACGCUUUGAAUACACUUUCUAGUCUCGAUUCAAUACAGAUUUUUUCUAUUCCAUUUACUUACACUAACAAGCUUUUGCCUGAUAUAUCCUCCACGUUUCGUCAUGUACUAAGUAAUCUUACUUACCUAUACGUACAAACAUAGAAGUAAAUUAGUAAGUACAUAUUGUUAAUUCUUAUGAAAUACUUUACUUAUUAACAAUGUAAAAAUAUUUGAAGGAUCCUUAUUGCCUCCGUCCAGUGAAAUCAUGUAAUACAGUGCCUUGGAACAAGUCUGUCUACAUGCUUUUUGUAACAUAGAUACUCGUAUCAUCGUAUCACUUGUAGAGGACAUGGGUGACACUGCGCUAAGAAGCGCAAUUGCGCUAACUCAGUGUUGACUAACUUCUUUAAAAUGUUAGCGCAAUUUGCAGAAGCGAUCAUUCAGAAAGAUGUCAAAAUGUAGAGUUCCCGCAAAACGCAGUGAAUUCUUUAAACAUCUCUUACUCAGUAGAGUAAAAAAUGAAGUGAUUUUAUAAGUGAAUACAGAUUUUUUUUUGUUGAGUUUGCCGCAAUCACUCACUGAGACUUUGCGAGUGACCCAUGUCUAAUUGUAGGAGAGUCAUAUCCCCUUAUCGUGUAAGUGCAUGCCAUGUUGAUAGUCACUAGUUGCCUUUAAGUUAGUCUGCCUCGUGCUGGUCGACCCACAUGUGCCUUGCAAAUGCCUGAGUAAUUAUACUUAGUGUCCUUAUAUUGACGUAGAAUUCUGUAGGAGCAACGUGAAAUCGUGUGAUGCCCCAAAAAUGUAUAUCUUGAGGUGAUAUAAUAUAAUAGUCUGUAAUAUGGCAAAUGGAAUGUAUAGGUUACAUAUACAAUGUGUGUGAUGUUACCUCCACGAUAAUAGUGUACUUUAUUGAGAUCGAUAAGUCAUGUCUAAAUUCGAAUUUUACCAAAUUUCAAGAAGGAUUAAAAUAUGAACAAAGAUUUCAUUUACCACGCAUACUAUACGAGUAUUUUUGAAAUAAUAAAAUUUUAAAAUGCUGUGGAUUUAACAC